AAAUUGCCGUAAUUGUGCUAUAGCUAAAGUAAUUUAGGUUUACCGACCAUCGUCAUUCCGCUGCUUGUUAGCGGGAUCUAGAGAUACCGCCGCGGUAUAACGUUGCUAGCUUAAGGUUUAAAAUUGAGAAAUAUUUAUGUUAAAAGAAAAAUACGGCUUUAAAGAAGUUGAAGACAAAUGCAACAUAUUGUGGGAAGGCAGUAAAGUUUACAGGUGGAAUGGUGGAAAGGAUAACACUUUCACUAUAGACACACCUCCACCGACAAUAUCGGGAAAACUCCAUAUUGGCCAUAUAUUUAGCUAUUGCCACACGGACUUUAUUGCAAGGUUUCAGCGCAUGCUGGGGAAAGAUGUGUUUUACCCAAUUGGGUUUGAUGAUAACGGGCUUCCCACUGAAAGAUUGGUUGAACAAACCUAUAAAACCCGUGCAAAAGAAGUUGGCAGAGAAAAAUUUAUAGAGAUGUGCCAUGAGGUUAUUGAAAAAUCAAAGCAAGAAUUCAAGGAACUAUUUAAAUCGGUCGGCAUUAGUUAUGACUGGGAUUUGGAAUAUCACACGAUCAGCAAGGAAACUGUGACGCUUUCACAGAUGUCGUUUAUUGAUCUAUAUAAUAAAGGGUAUGCAUAUAGAAAAAUGCAGCCCAUCCUUUGGGACCCGGUUGAUAAAACAGCAAUUGCGCAAGCAGAAAUAGAAGAUAAAGUUUUUGAGUCAUCCUUAAACACGAUAGUUUUCUCUACUCAAGAAAAUGAGCAGAUCAAUAUUGCAACUACGCGACCUGAGUUACUUCCCGCAUGCGUUGCAGUUUUUUGUCAUCCAGAGGAUGCGCGCUACACUCAUCUGAUCGGAAAAACAGCGGUAGUGCCAAUUACAAAGGAAAAAGUACUAAUCAUUGCUGACGAUAAGGUCAAAAUAGAUAAAGGCACUGGGCUUGUUAUGUGCUGUACGUUUGGUGAUGAACUCGACAUAUAUUGGCAGCAAAAGCAUAACCUGCCGAUGAAAAUUAUCAUCGAUCAGGAUGGGAGGAUGAACCUAGAUGAUGUCAUUCCACCACACCCCGGCGUCAUGAAAGUAGCUGACACUGGAAUCUACGAUGAAAUAAAUGGAUUGAAAGUUACAGCAGCAAGAAAGAGGAUGAUUGAAAUCUUGAGUGGAAAAGGACUUUUGAUAGAAAGCACUAGCAUUUCUCAUUCUGUUAAGUGUGCAGAAAGAUCUGGUGCACCACUUGAGAUAUUACCUACUUAUCAAUGGUUUAUCAAGACCUUAGAGCAAAAAGCUCAAGUAUUAGAUAAAGUAAAAGAAUGCAAUUGGCAUCCAGCUACUAUGCGUAAACGUAUGGAAGUGUGGAUAGAAGGGCUAAAUUGGGACUGGUGCAUCUCAAGGCAGCGCUAUUUUGGUGUGCCAUUUCCAGCAUGGUAUUCCAAACGUAAGGGAGAAGAAGGUAAAAUUAUUCUAGCUGAAGUAAAGGACCUGCCUAUAGAUCCAUUGAAAGAUUUGCCAAAAGGGUAUAGCAAAGAAGAGGUUAUCCCAGAUCAAGAUGUAAUGGAUACCUGGGCCACAAGUUCAAUUACUCCUCAACUGAGUGCACUGGCAGUAAACAGUGAGUUUAGCUUACCAAAUCAUCGCUAUGAUACGAUAUUUCCUGCAGAUCUGCGCAGCCAGAGCCAUGAGAUAAUAAGAACUUGGGCUUUUUAUACUAUUUUAAAGGCACAUUAUCAUGCAAAUUCUUUACCUUGGAAAAACAUUAUGAUCAGCGGUUGGUGUUUAGCAGAUGAUAAGAAAAAGAUGAGUAAAUCAAAAGUGCGCUAUUGGGCAGCGAACUCAAGGCUUGGAGUUGAUACAGUCUACUCUGAAAAUAUAUUCAAAAUUGGCCAGCGCCUCGUUACAAAACUUUGGAACGCUAGCAAGUUUGUUUCCAUGUUCAUGGAAAAGCAUCAAACAGUAAGCAUAAAUUCCAUCAGUGAGACGAUGGAUAAGUGGAUAUUGUCUAAGUUAUACAAAGUAAUAGGUAGAGCAACAAAUAACCUAUUACAGUUUGAAUACUGCGAAGCUUUGGGCGCAAUAGAGGAAUUUUUUUGGAAAGACUUUUGUGAUAACUACUUGGAAUUAGUAAAAAAACGCGCGUACGGAAGCAGUGAAGCAACCUUAAGUGCAAAACAAAGCUUGGCGUAUGUGUUAAAUGUUAUUUUGCGGUUAUUUGCACCUUUCUUGCCAUACAUUACAGAAGAGAUAUACCACCAGUUGUAUAGUUAUAAUUCUGUACACAAUCAAAGUAAUUGGCCAAGCAAAGAAGAACUUAUCUACGAUAAAUAUUCAGAGGAAAUGGGAGAUAAUGUUAUUCAGAUAUUAAAUAUUAUCAGAAAGAUAAAAGCAGAUAAUAAUGUGUCAGUUAAGCAUUUGAUAAAGAAAUUAGUGAUAAAAGCAGAUCUACGAGAGGACAAAUUGAAUCAAUCCGCGCAGAAUGAUUUGCAGGCAGUGUGCAAUGCGGAAAUGAUAGAGUGGAUGCAGUCUGAGCUUGAAACUGAGAACGGAAAAUACAUAGUGAAUAUAGAUUUAUAUUGAUUUUUA